AUGGUUAAGGCUGUUGUCCUUGGUGCCGCUGGUGGCAUUGGCCAGCCCCUCUCUCUUCUUCUCAAGACCAGUCCCCUCAUUGACGAGUUGGCGCUGUACGAUGUUGUCAACACUCCCGGUGUCGCUGCCGACAUUUCUCACAUUUCAACUACCGCUACCGUGACCGGAUUCCUUCCCGCCGAUGACGGCUUAAGACACGCCUUGACUGGCGCCGAUAUUGUGGUGAUCCCCGCUGGUGUCCCCCGGAAACCCGGUAUGACCCGUGACGACCUUUUCAAAGUCAACGCCGGAAUCGUCCGAGAUCUUGCAAAGGGCAUCUCAGAAUACUGCCCGAAAGCCUACACUCUUAUCAUUUCAAACCCCGUGAACUCGACCGUGCCCGUGGCUGCUGAGGUCUUCCGAAAUGCCGGCGUGCUUGACCCCAAGCGCCUUUUCGGUGUAACAACGCUGGACAUUGUCCGCGCCGAAACUUUUGCUCAAGAAUUUACCGGCCAGAAGGUGCCCUCGGCCACCACGAUACCUGUUGUUGGCGGUCACUCUGGCGAGACCAUUGUGCCUCUCUUUAGCCAAGCCCAGCCGAGUUUCAACGUCCCAGAGGCCAAGCUUGACGCGAUCGUGAACCGUAUUCAAUUCGGCGGAGACGAGGUCGUCAAAGCAAAGAACGGAGGUGGCUCUGCUACGUUGUCUAUGGCCUAUGCAGGCUUCCGGUUCGCCGAGAAGGUUCUCAAGGCCGUCAGCGGUGAAAAGGGCUUAGUCGAGCCUUCAUUUGUCUAUCUCCCCGGUGUCGAAGGCGGCGAAGAGAUUGCAAAGGAGGUCGGAGUUGACUUCUUCUCGGUACCUGUUGAGCUCGGCCCAUCUGGAGUUGUCAAGGCCAACAACGUCCUCGCAAACAUCAACGACUACGAGAGGAAACUGCUCGAAGUUGCCAUCAAGGGCUUGAAGGGCAACAUCGAGAAGGGCGUUGAAUUCGUCAAGAACCCUCCACCAAAGUGA